UGCUUGAAGUGGUCAUGUUGUCGAAAGUAGAAUGCAAACUAAUUAAAGGAGAUAUUGUUUGCUUUAUAACCAAUAAUAAUGAUAUUCACGCCAUCGGACUUUUGGGAGUACUGGCGGCCGGAGGUGUCUAUUGUUCACUACCGAGACAUACGACUCAAACUGAAAUUUCCAGUAAUAUGAUGACAAUUAAGCCAACAAUAUUAAUUGGAAACUCUGAUAAUUUUACAUUGUUGACAAAAAUGGGUCAACAAUUUGAUUGCAUUAAGACAAUUCUGUUGCUCAACGAGUUUUGUGCAAAUAAACUGCACAUAAAAUCACAAUCAAUUGAGAGAGCAUUAGAAUUAAUUCGAGACAAUGAUAUAGAGCUACCGGUUAUGAGCGGACUCUCGGAUAUGGCCACACUUGUGAUGAGCAGUGGUUCAAGCGGUACACCAAAAGCUAUUAUACGAACAAAUCGUAAUUUGUUGGCAAUCGUCGCCAUAACACAACACCCGGAGAUAUGUCCGUUAAGAGCAGAUGAUAUAAUGUUGUCCACAGGUUUUAACCACAUGUGCGGACAGCGCAGUCUGUUUUCGAGUCUCACUUCUGGCGCUCAGUUAGUGGUUUGGGGCGACGAUCACAGCAAUGAGGCUAUAUUUGACGGCAUUCACGACAUGAAUGUUACCAAUAUAUUCACAGUUCCAACAGAAUUGAAUUUUCUCAUUAAAAAUCAACACAAAUAUAACAAAACAUAUCUCAAGACAUUGCGGGAUGUGUUUUGCGGCGGAGCUUUUCUCAGUCAACACAUAUAUCAACAAAUAUAUUUAGAAAUCAUUAUGACCGUUGCAAAGAUG